UCCUUCCCAAGUCCCUUCCUCCUAGAACUGCCACUUGCUUUUUAAUUUGGCUUCUUUUGGCGCCACCCUGUGGCAGGAUUUUGUUACUCUCCAGCCCGCACCUCCGCGGCCUCCUUGCUGCGGAGGCAAAGGAGCCAGAUGAGCCAAGCCGCAGCCCGCAGGGCCCGAGAUUGGCGAGGGCGGGCGGGCAAAUGUGGACUCAGAGGGAGUGGCUGCUUCUCUCUGUGGGUCUCCUUCCGUACCAGUGGAAGAAGGGUCCGGAGACGUUUUUGUUAGGAUUUUGCCUUUUGGUGAGGAAACCCCCCUGGUAAAAUGUGAUACGGUUUUCUCAUUCGUUCCUUCAAACGUUAGUUGACCGACCGUGAGGUGCCAAAGGCUGUGUCGGCACCAGGGGCCGGGGGCCAGGAAGGAGUAGCUGUGGAGCUAACCCUGACCCUCACCCCAGGGGUCCCAGGAGCAGGCUUGGCUUUCAAGCAACCGAAGACAUUGCGGUCGUCCUUCCUGCCCCCAUUUCGUAUCCCAUUUUUGCCCUCAUUUUAGCCCACCCACUAAACAGUCCACAUAUAUAAGGAGGUGGUGCAGGGGCAUGGUUGUUCCAGUUUGGGUUUUGACCGGGUGAGGCUGGUUGGGGGCUUCUUCGAAGUAUGUAGGUGGAUCAGGGGGCCUCUCUCUUUUGGCUCAGGUGACCUAGAGGCCAGUAUUAGUGUUAGGCGAGUAGAGUCUCAGCUUGUGACGUGAGGCUGACUUCAGUCUCGGGCCUUCUUACUAGAACCCUCCCUACCUGUGAUUCCAGAGCUGAGGCAGGUGAAGGGCCUGUAUGAGGGCUGCUCCUGGGCCGGAGCUAAGCCUCCCAGUGUGGGGCUGCACACCGUCACACCUCGGGGCAGAGCCUGCGUUUGUGCUACACCUCUUUUCUCUCCCUCCACAGCUUGGAGACCCUUUAGAGGCUUUCCCAGUGUUCAAGAAAUAUGAUCGAAAUGGGUUAAACGUCUCCAUUGAGUGUAAGCGAGUGUCCGGACUGGAACCAGCCACCGUGGCCUGGGCCUUCGACCUGACCAAAACCAACAUGCAGACCAUGUACGAGCAAAGCGAGUGGGGCUGGAAGGACCGAGAGAAACGGGAGGAAAUGACAGACGACCGAGCCUGGUACCUCAUUGCUUGGGAAAGCAGUUCCGUCCCUGUUGCCUUUUCUCACUUCCGGUUUGACGUGGAAUGCGGAGAUGAAGUCCUGUACUGCUAUGAAGUGCAGUUGGAAAGCAAGGUGCGGCGGAAAGGCCUGGGGAAGUUCCUCAUACAGAUCCUGCAGCUCAUGGCCAAUAGCACACAGAUGAAGAAAGUUAUGUUAACUGUAUUUAAACACAAUCAUGGCGCCUACCAGUUCUUCCGAGAAGCACUGCAAUUUGAAAUCGAUGACUCUUCCCCCAGCAUGUCUGGGUGCUGUGGAGAGGACUGCUCCUAUGAGAUCCUGAGCCGGAGGACCAAGUUUGGGGACAGCCAGCACUCCCACGCGGGCGGGCACUGUGGUGGCUGCUGCCACUGAGCUCCCAAGCCAGAAUGCUCUCUCCAAGGCCUGUCUUCUCCCCGGGCUCACGCUGCCGGCCAAGUGCCCUCAGAGCUGUGGCCUCCUCAGCCCUGCGUGUGCCAGGCUGCAGCCUGAGAGCACAGAACCCUGGGGAGGAGUGGUCCAGGCUGCCCCUCCUCCUCUCUCCUGGAAGAGCAGAGUGCCCAGAAGGAGCAGAGAGGAGAGGGUGCUGAGGGAGGAGCUGGCGGAGGCCGGGCACGAAGCGUAUCUUCUCACGGUGGCUGCCUUCUCGCUUGGCCCUUGUGCCCUUGAGCAUGAGGUUCCCCACCUUCUCUGCAGAUGGAUUCCUGACAAGCCCCCUCCCUCCCCCCUGCCACACACACACUUGGACAGAUGAGGUGUUUAUACCCACCUUUAUAAAAGUCCUGGAGCCCCGGGUCAGGGUCUGGCUGGUCCUCAAUGAAGAAUGGAUUCCGUAGGAGAUCGGGACGUAGAGAUAGGCUUCAGAGAGACUCACAUUUCAUAGAUGAAUGCUCUGGUGGAGACCGUGGGAAGGCCUUUGUGCCACGACGCUGGGAAGCAAGGGGCUCUUUCUAGCUGUGCUUUUAUGGGCUCACGGCGGCCGGGGAGGCAUUCCAGGCGACCGGCCCGUCGGAAGGAAGGCCCCAUCCCUCUCUCUGAGGACCAGGAACAAGAAACAAGCCGGAGGUCCUGCCGGUGCCUCUCCAUCGCCCUUCACCACUUGUUCUCCCUCAGCUCACCCCCUCGCCCUGUUCUUACCCUCACAGGGGAGAAUAACGUCAGGGAGCCCCUCCCCUUCCCCCAGAAGGAUCCCUCGUUCCUGGAGUAUUCAGUACUGUCUCCUCUCAGAUCUUGGUGCUGAUUGCUCUCUGAAGGUGGGGCCCCCCUCCCGCUUCAGAGAGCCCCCAGCCAGCAGCAGGCCCCGCUGCCUGCGCUCCCCAGCCUUGCCCCUUGCUGCCUCAGUGAGGCCCUGGCGCCACUGCCCUGGCUCGCGGCUUCGGCUGCAGCAGGAAUGCCUCUCGGUGGCCCAAACCGCUGCUCCUCUCUCUGUCCAGUGUCCGCCUUCGGCAGCGGGCUGGAGCAGGGGGAGAAGGCCUUCCUCCUCUCCCGCGGGAUAGAAAGGCUGUGGGUCAGAGCUUCUACUUGCCCUGAUCUCCGGGCCUUGUUCCCCUCCCAGGGAAGGUAAUGACCAAAUUCUUAUCCAGGAAAAAGCCCCUGCCGCCUCCCCUUGGACAUCCUUGAGCUCUGCUUUAGGGAGUGUCUUAAAGGUUCUAGCCUUUGUGAAGUUGCUCUUCGGAGGUCUGUUCUGACCUCAGCGUCUGCCCCUACCCCACCCUCUGCCCUGACUCAGGUGGUCUAUGCUGGCGGGUCUCCCUGGAGCUGUUCUUGCCUCUCCCCUACUUUCCUGCUUGUGCAGGGGCCUGUCGCACGGCCUCCUUCACCCACCCGGCCCUCCUGAGUGCUCCGUGUUGCUCUUGACCCCGCCAGCAGCCGACGUGGCACUCCGUUGGAGAGGGCCUUGCAGCUUUACACUGGAACAAGCCCCCCUCUGCCCCCGCCUUCUGGCUUGGGGACGGGGGGUGGAUUUUACAUGGGCGGGGGUGGGGGGGAGAAAUUUGAAUUGAAUUGCUGGGAGGGCAUUGGUGGGCUCCCUCCAAGAAUCAUGGAAUGACAGAAGCAUGUUUAGGAAUUUUUUUCCUCUGAUCCUUAUCUCUCGACACAGAACGGAUAGAUAUUUAUUGUCUUAGAUCAUGGAUUUCUGAUACCUCCCAUUCAAGGGGAUCAAAAGGAACCCCACUGUAAAUCCUUCAUGAGGUGAGUUCAGUGUAUGUCGUCUCUUUCCAUUCAUCGGACACCUGUCACUGAGCCCACUGGCAGAUGGGGUGCCUGGUGCCGCACCCUGGUCCUCCUGCCUCUGCCGGUCACAUCCUGCAGGGCUGCUGUGGGGGGGGGGGCGGGGGUCAGGGCUGGGGCGGGAGAGGCACUGCUUGAGGCCAGUAGGCCACUCUCUGUUGUCGGUGUUGAGCCCAUUCAGUUCUCACUUCCCCGGGUCUUGGUUUUGAGAAACAGGGCAGGCCUUUUGUUCCCGGCUUUUUUGUGUGUUUGUUUGGGGCAUGUUAAAAUAUUUUUUAAGACUUUUUUUUUUUUUAGUUGUAUCCACCCUAUUUCAGAUUCUUUUUGUUGAUGUCAAAAAUGUGUAUAUGACAUGCCUAUGGUUCUUUUUAACCCUUUCUGGUUUUGUUUUUUAGAGGAAACUGAAGAUAAACUCCUUCUUGAUAUAUAUUUUUUUCUUUAGCAACUUGUUAUCACUGGAAUCAAAGGGAAAAGUGAUCUCUUUUUGCAUUGGUUGUAUUUGUAUGUCACAAAUAAAAGACACUUUGUUCAGCUGC